AUGGACGAUAUUAUGGGUAUUCUCGCAACCACUAAUGAGAAAAUGAAAUACUUAGUAAAACGUGAUGAAGACGUCCAAAAUUUGCGGGUUACAGUGUCACAACUGCAAAAUGAACUAAAAAUACAAGCUCAACAGAAUAUUAGAAAUGAAGUAGAAAUUGUAGGACUUUCUGAAAACUUGGAUGAAAAUCUGAAUCAUACCAUACUCGUAGCAGCAACGAAACUGGGAGUUGACCUAGAAGAUAAAGGCACAUGCCGACCACCGAAAACCGUUGCUCUAUCAGAAGAUAGCUGCAAUAUGCCGCGGCCAGUGGUCGUUAAAUUUCUGCGUCGAUCUUAA